AAGGAGGAUUAUCUUAACUAUCAUGUUCAAUGUUCUGGAUGUAAAGCAAUUAAAAGGCAAAGAACAAUUUAUAAUUGGUUUCAACCAGUAAUACAAAAAGAGCAUUUCGAAGAAGAAUAUGUUGAGAAAGAAUAUGCCAAAGAAGAUGAGUAUGACUCUGAUGUUUAUGAUAAUAUAGAUGAUAAUGACUUAAUACAAGUUAACAAAAUAGAAAAAGAUUCAAACCAAGAAUUUCAAGCUAUUAGUAUUGAAGAAAGAUUAGAUCAUACAAAAGAUACCAAAAAAUGGUUAAUUUGUGUUGGUCUUCAAUUUGUAGAAAUAUCAAAUUAUAUAAAAUGA